AUGUCAAUUUCAAGUGAUGAAGUUACUUUCCUAAUUCUAAGAUACUUCAAAGAAUGUGGAUUUGAGCACUCCCACUACACAUAUGUAAACGAAUCUUCCAUUGAUUCUUCUCAAAUAACUGGAUAUCAAGUUCCUCCAGGAGCUCUGAUUACAUUGCUUCAAAAGGGCCUACUCUAUAUUCAGCUUGAAAGAGCUAUUGCAGCUGGCCAAAAGACAGUCGAUGUAAGCUAUGGCUCGCAAAUUACAUUACUUAAUGCAGCCCUUCGCGAAGGAAAUGUCCCGAUCCCGAAGGACUCCAAGCAAGCAGCAGAAGAACCUUCGAUGCCUCUUGAUGCAAAUAACUCAAUUACGCUUUCUGAGCAUACAGCUAACGUUGUUUGCUGCCAAUGGACAAAGGAUGGCAAUCUUCUUGCUACAGGCAGUACAGACAACUCUGCCAUUAUCUGGAAUUUCCAAAAUCCAGACACAAUUUCUCAAUGCUGCUUACCACACGGCGACGCCCAGUCGAACGAAGGCGACCACCAAGUUUCAUCAUUAGACUGGUCUCCAGACUCAUCACUCAUCGCUACAGGCUCUUCUGACGGAAUUGUCCGCGUUUUCAACAACCAAGGCGAUCUCAUUUACGAAAAGAACAACGAGGAACCACAAUCAAUCCGUGUUGUCAAAUUUAAUACUACUGGCCAAUAUCUUCUUAUUGGCUCCAAUUCUACAAAAAUCUUGAUUCUUGCCUCAGAAUCAGGCGAAGUUGUCAAAGAAUUCCCAACUACAAGCGGUAUCCGUGAUGCUGCAUGGCAUACAGAUGUUUCUUUCGCUGUCUGCUGCGAAAAUGGCGCAGUUGGAGUGUUUGAUUCGCUCGAAGCUCAGCCAUUAUGGCUUACAGGCCAUACAAGUGCCACAAACUGUGUUGUUUGGGAGCCAAAUAGCGAGUUAAUUGCCUCCUGCGCUGAUGAUAACACUGUUAGAAUUUGGCAUCGCGAUUCUGAUUGCACAGUACUUUCAGGACAUACAUCUACAGUUUAUACAAUGAGAUGGGGUAGCAAUGGUAUUAUUGCUUCCGCAUCUUUCGAUAGUUCUGUUAGAUUAUGGGAUGCAACAUCAGGAAACUUACUCCGCGUUCUCCAGGGACACCAAAAGCCAGUUUACGCUAUAUCGUUCUCACCAGAUGAGAAAGUUAUCGUUUCUGGAAGUAGUGACCAGACAAUUAAGUUCUGGGACGUACAGUCAGGAAAGAUGAUCGCAAGCUAUAUGAUGAACCAGAUAGUUUACGACUUGCAGUAUUCAUCAGAUGGUAAAUACGUCGCUGUUUGCUGCGAAGGAGGAAAUGUUGUAAUUAUCAAGACAGAAGCUCUCCCACAAAGCGAGUAA